UCCGGCCAAACACACGGUGGCGGGCCGCUCGAAAGUUGUCUGUUCGUCGGAACCAUCAUGACAGGUUGUGGCGUGUUUUGAUAUGGUGGAAGAGGAAAGGUUCUCUCGUAGCAUGUGGGAGGACGGCGGCGUGACAAGUUCUCAAGGACCUGCUUACGGGGAGAUGGAGCGGAACCCGUCCCGUCUACUUGGUCUACUCGAAAACUUUUGCAAAGCUGGUCAAACUGUUUUUUUCUUUGGGAAGGCGCAUGCGUCUGUUGUGUGGGAACUCCUGCGCACCGGUCGGAACGUCGUCGCGUUGGAGAAGGAAGCGAAGAUGAUCGAUUACCUUCACGAGUUCGUGAAGGCACACGUUGCAAACACUCGCAAUGCUUGCGAGUUUGUCCAGACCACCGGCGAACGAAACUGGGAUUCCAAACGUGACAUGUAUUGGAAAUUGCCGGGGAGCGAAUGGACGGACGUUUGGGACUUCGUUUUCGGACCCGGACCACCUGGUCCAACCGACCUCGAAUACAGUCGACGAAGAAACCUGGUGUUCGCUGUGCUCAAUUGGUACCACGGUGCACCCAGAGAGUCUGUCUCGCACUUCCUGAGAAGGCUGGAGCACGUUUACUUCACGCUGGCCGAACCGCUCACUCUCGAAAACUACAAGUCACAGUUUGACGAGGACGACCCUUUCGACGCUGAAGACAUGGAGGAGCUGAGCGACUCCGAAACCUUCGAUUUCGAGUCCAUGCCACUUCCUCGGGUGGUUGGACAGAAUGACAGACUCUACUUCUUCGGCAAGCAUCACCGGUUCACGUCGGAGGAUGUCUGGGGACACAACGUCGUCUGGCACCCAAGGAUAUUCCAACCUGCUGUGAGGAAUGGAAUAUGGGUCAUGGCAAUAAAGGAGGCCGAUGACAAGUGGAGUGGACUGAAGAGACAGGGAGCGGGUGCAUUUAAGAGAAAGGCAAGAACUGCUCUGGCGGAGCAUUUGAGUCUCAUGAACCCCGAGAGGAACGAUCAGGACGUCGAUGCGUAUGCAGAACAAAAGCUACAUGAGUUGUACGCCAACAACAUGUUGGAGUUUCGAGUGCCUUUCUACGCACUCGAAACGGCACCGUCUCGUGGCAUUGACUGGCGCAUGCCGCAACCUCCGCCGGACGGUCAGCAUCCGGGAGGGGGUGGUGGAGGAGACGAAGGAGACGAAGGAGGUGGCGGAGGAGACGGCUCACAGUUUGCUGGGAAGGGGACGGGCGAGACAUCGUCGGUUGAGAAGGCGUCCGGCGGAAACGGGUCGGGCGGAAAGGGGUCGGGCGGGAAGCUGUCGGGCGGGAAGGGGUCGGGCGGAAAGCGUAGAACGUCCGGGAGUCCCCAGUAUAUGGAAACUGACCCCCACUACGUAGGGAGUCGAGAUUCCGACAUGCGAGCCGAGGCCACCCUUACGUCUGAUCAAGUGCGAGUAGAUUCGCACUUGUCUGCGAGGAGUUUGUUUCCCGUUGCCCAGGAGAGUCCAUCCCGCCGUGCGCAGCAGAGGUCUCCUGUGCUCAACACCUUUCUCCUGAAAAAGGGCGCAUCUUCGUUUUGCCUGGAGGGCGGGGUGCCUGCAUUGCGAAGGAGCGAAGACUGGCGGUCUCGCGACGUGCUGGAGGGGCCCGCUCCAGAAGUGUUGGAGACCGUGGGUAGCGAGAACGAAUGUCACACUCCUGGGGAAGACGAGCGCUCUCCGGGAACGCGUGCUGUACAUCGGGAAGAGGAAACUCAAUGCUGGCAGUCUCGCCAAGUGUUGGAGACCGGGGGUAGCGAGUGUGAACGUCAUGCUUCGGAGGGUGCGUCCGUGGACACUGACAGCGAGCGUGCAGGAGCUCCGGGGGAAACGCAUGCUGUACAGCGGGGAGAGGACACUCAUCAUGGGCCGGCUCGUGAAGACGUGAAAUGGCUCCACGCACGAGCGCUGGUGAGCGGGACGUCCGAAGAGGUUCUGCACAGUCGCUCGGUUGUGGCCACGACGCGAGAGGGUGUCGUUAAGGGAGGCCAGUGGACGUCCGUGCAAGCUUCCGUUCUUGGCGACGAUGAAGACGAAGAAGAACCCGCGGUGGAAGCUCGGGUUCAUGGCGAUGAGAAAGGUGGAGAACCCGUGGUGGAAGGCUGUGAGGUGACUGCCGACAUCCGGGCGGAUCCACAGUGGAAAGAUGGUGAUUCUUCGCCCACCCGUUGCGGUGAAGAACAGGGUGGUCGAGCGUCUGUCGUGAGCACCUCUCGGGGAAUGGUGCUUCAUGAAGCAAUAGAGUUUGGUGACGACUCUGCAGCCACCGAGCUGGAUAACGACUCAGGCGUGGCCGAGAUGCAGAAUUUUGAAUCCUCCGUGGAAGGCGGUGAGGUGACCGUCAGCAUCAAGAUGGAUCCAUAGCGGAAAGAUCAUAAUUCUCCGUCCACCGGUUGUGGUGAAGAACAGGGUGAUCGAGCAUCUGUCCUCAGUACCGAUCGGGAAAUGGUGCUUCAUGAACCCAUCGACUUGCCAAGCGACUUAGCUGCCACCGAGC